AAAUGAUAAGACGACAGAGGCAUGAAGAAUGCAUGUUUGAUUUUCAAUUCCUUUGCAUUUUGGUCUGUUUCGAGUUCGAAUUUGUUUGUUUCAUUGAAAUUUGAUUUGAAUCGAUCAAACACACUCCAGACGCUUUUAUUGAUGGCGGAAUUCACCGCCCUCCGUCGCCUGAAGCCGAUCUUCAUCGUCGACGAAAUGUCGGCAUGGUUUGAGCCAAAAGAUAUCAUCAGCGCUCCGUUAUACGGUGGCAGAAGUUGUAGGGGAUUGAGACUAUCAGACAAACGGAAGAUCACGACAUUAAACAAUUAUACCUACAAUCGUUCCACCAGAGAUACUAGAGUCUUCGCGUCGGUGUCUGGGAGCAAUUCGAAGAGCAUGAAAGGCAAUGAAAAGGACGUGAUUGUCGAUCAGCAAGCUAUUUAUGAUGAACUGUUGGGAGAUCCUGAUUAUGAGAGUGAUGAUCUAUCUUGUUUCAGAGGUUUAGUUUUGGACAUCUCGUACAGGAUUAUCCCUUGA